CGUGAAUUAAAAUAAUUCAACGUGAAGAAAAUAUCUGUCAAAUAUUUGCUGACUUUUAUUUGUGUGAAAGAAUGAGACUAAGGUGCAAUAAAACAUAAUUCUGUGAGCCGCAUCCAAUGUGAAUAUAUUAACAUCAUGUUGAAGGAGGCCCCAGAAGAUGGUCUGUUAUCCACUUCAGUAUUGAUGAUAGCCUCAUGAUAGUGGAAACAAAGAAGCUCAUUGCAGAGGAGGGAAGCAGCAUCAAAGUCGGGGGGAGAGUUAGUAUUGCUAAUAGAUACGAAGGAGCUGUUGCUGAGCUGUUAUUGCUGACAAACAGCCACUCAGAGGCGCUGACUUAUCAAAACAAGAAAUGCAUUGGAAGUCCUACUAAAUCAGGUGAUGUUGAGAAAAAAAAUUCUGGUCAACCAGUCAAAGGGAAGAAAAUAAUGGAGAAGAAGAUGGAGAAGAAGAAGAAGGAGAUGGAGAAGAAGAAAUUAGUUUCUGGAAAGGACAGAUUUACCAUUGUUGGUGAGAGCAAGUUGCCAGACAUGGAUAUUGAUAACAUUCAACCGACCCCCCCUGGACCUGGAAUUGAUGAUAUCAAUGAAGAACUACUACAAGAGAUAUUACAGCAGGUUGAUACAGCUAAACUAUCACUGGCACUAGAGACGCAACAACAGGGCAAAACUAUGUCAACUGCUGGAUCUGAAGCACCACCCAGAACUCAUGAUUUACAAACCAUUGAUGGUCAAGAUUUGGCAGCUGCUGGUUUGUCGAUCGCUGAUGAAUUUACUGAGAAUGAACGAUCAGAGACUUGUGACCAGGAGGCUGAAAAGACUGAGAUGAAAGAUAUUGUCCUUGACAAUCUAGUUAAGCUCAAUCGUAUUUGCAAGGGAGGUUACUCAAGUUGGCGGCACCAUGAGUUUUUUCACCAUAAGUCCAAAAGAGGGAAUCUAAAUUGGCAUACACAGAUUAGCCUUCUUUCUGAAGAAGAGGUGGAUGAUUUAUUUGAGGCCCUGAAUGUCUGUACAAAACCAAAAGAACUUCAAGGCCCUGGCAAUAUUUUUGUGUGGCAGCAGUACAGAAUGACUGUUUUGAUACCAGAAAUCAUCCCUGAUGUUUUGGAGAAAAGAAGAAUCCAAAGAGAGGAAGACACAGAAAUGCCAGCCAUUGAUGGUCCUAAAGAGAGAAAGAGCGAAAAAAGAAGGGAUGUGUUUGAAUUUGACGGUGAAAGUGAUACUGAUAGUGAAGCAGGUCUUAUGAGAGGUGAGAGGGUUGAGGAGACCGAGACAGAUAGAGUAGCAAUAACAGGCACGCUCCCAACCAAUGCACAACUGCCAGAUGUUAUUCAAUCUUUAAACCUAGUCCACAAAAAACUUGACACUCUCAUAAGUUUGGUGCAGCCAAGACCCCCAGUUCCUCCUAGCUCAGAAAUGCCUCGUACAACCUCAAAGACAUCUCCUGGAUCACCUACACUUCUCAGAUGCGCAGCGCCUCCUAGAUCUCCAUCACCACCUAGAUCCACAUCACCACCUAGAUCCACAUCACCACCUAGAUCCACAUCACCACCUAGAUCCACAUCACCACCUAGAUCCACAUCACCACCUAGAUCCACAUCACCACCUAGAUCCACAUCACCACCUAGAUCUCCAUCACCACCCAGAUCCCCAUCACCACCCAGAUCCCCAACACCACCCAGAUCUCUAUCACCUUCAAGAAUGAAUCCAACCUCACCUUGCAGAACUUUUGAUGAUGCCAGAAUUUGGGAUUGUUCACCUGCUCAGUUACUGGAAAAUAAUGGACAGAUCACCCUUGACCAUCUCAUAGAAAUAUCUGACAAUAGUGUGCCACAACCAGCUAUAAGAAAUGACUAUAAAAUCCCAGGAUCUGUAUUAGCUGACAAUAGAAUCAAAUAUCCUUUACCAGAGCAAGUCCGAGAUGGUGUACGAUAUGUAUUUAACAAUAUUUUCACAUUAGGAGAAUGUAGAAACAAAAACUUUAGUGGAAAAGUCCCAAGUGGAGUUCCGCCAAAAGGAAAGAUAAAUACUAAAAAGGUGCAAGCCCUCACUGAGGCUAUGAGCAAACAGUAUGGCCAUACAGCUGCUAAAAACGUCAUCAAACCAGUCAUAAAUAGGCAACUUCGAUAUAUUUUCGCUGAAAAAUUGGACAAACUAAAGUGGUUUCAGGCAAAAUAA